AUGUCUAGCCCCGCCAAAAAGCGCAAAAGGGAUGCCCCAAACACCCGCAGCAUCGCGUCAUUCUUCCAGAAUCAAACGCCCAAAAGGCUAGAGAAGCUAGAGCCAGCAGCCGAUCCAGAAGACACCGAACAGAGUCUUUCUGAUGAAGCUCUUGCUCGAAAGCUUCAGGCUGAAUGGAAUAACGAGCAAAACGCUCCCCUACGGGCCGCUGACGAAGCCAAGCCUACCACAUCUUCGGAAACAGAUCGAGAAUUGGAGAAGGCUAGGCCGCAGGGUGUACUUUCGCUACAAUCCUCUGCCGGAACAGAAGAUAAAAUCUCGCUCUCUAUUCCGCUUGACCAGAGUCCAUUGGUAUUCGAGGCCUCAAGAUAUACUGGGGAACUGAAGGCACAUUGGGCGGCCCAAGGAGGGGAUGCUUCCUACGCUCUCCUUACUAGAGCUUUUGUUCUCGCCAAUGCAACUUCAAGUCGCAUAAAGAUUGUCGAUACGUUGGUCAAUUUCUUACGAAUCCUUAUUGAAGGGGAUCCUUCAAGUGUGCUUCCUGCGGUUUGGCUCGCAACAAACUCCAUUUCGCCUCCGUAUCAUGAACUCGAACUCGGGCUCGGAGGAUCUUCUAUAUCCAAGGCUUUUAAGAAGAUAUACGGAUUAGACAGUCAGGGUCUGAAGGCUUUGUACGAUAGACUUGGUGAUGCUGGCGACGUGGCUUUUGAGGCGAAAAAGAGGCAGAGCUUUACAUUGAUAAAGCCAAAGCCGCUAAGCAUCAAAGGUGUCUAUCAGUCUCUUAUAAAGAUAGCCAUGAGCAAAGGCAGUGGAAGCCAGGAAUCGAAACAACGUAUCGUGGAGAAGCUGCUCCAGGAUACUCGCGGUGCGGAAGAAAGCCGAUACAUCGUGCGAACUCUAGUUCAAAAUCUGCGGAUUGGCGCUGUGAAGACAACCAUGCUCACAGCGCUUGCAAGGGCUUUCUCGAUUUCCCGUCCGCCCAACGCAUGCUUUGCCAUCUGGCCCCAGCAGGACCUAGCUCGUCUCAAGAAGGAUGAGCUCGCUGAGAUUUACAGCACUGCCGAAGAGCUCGUCAAGGCUUCAUAUGCAAGGCACCCAAGUUACAAUGAUCUAGUGCCCUGCUUGCUGGAGAUUGGCCCCACUGAAGAGCUCCUCCUACGCUGUGGGUUACAACUCCAUGUGCCGCUAAUGCCAAUGUUGGGCAGCAUCACUCGGGAUCUCUCCGAAAUGUUGACCAAACUCCAAGGGCGAGAUUUCACGUGUGAGUACAAGUACGAUGGCCAGCGUGCUCAAGUUCAUUGUGAUGAUCAAGGCAAAGUCACCAUCUUUUCCCGACAUUUGGAGCAAAUGACGGUGAAAUAUCCCGAUCUUGUCUCUCUUGUUCCUCAGAUUAGAGGUGGAAGUGUUUCGAGCUUCAUUCUGGAAGGUGAAGUGGUUGCCGUAGAGCAAGACACAGGCGAGCUCCAGACUUUCCAGAUCCUCACCAAUCGCGCAAAGAAAAAUGUUGAAGUCGGAGCGAUCAAGAUAAAUGUUUGUCUGUUUGCAUUUGACUUGAUGUAUCUCAAUGGAACACCUCUUCUAGACCGGUCUUUGCGUGAGCGAAGGGGGCUACUGAGGAGCCUCUUUGCAGAAAUCCCUAACAGGUUCACCUGGGUCAAAAGCCUUGAUGCAACGUCCGCGGACUCCGAAACGGUGUUGGAUUUCUUUAAGAGCGCCACGGACAGCAGGUGCGAAGGCAUCAUGGUCAAGGUUCUCGAUAACAUUCCCCUGGGGUUGCCGACCAGUGACAAUCAAGGUACAGACACGUCCAACACUCCCGCGGAGGGCGUUGGGGAAAAGCCAACAAAGGGCACACGGCGAAAGGCCUUGUUGUCCACGUACGAACCUGACAAGCGACUUGAAUCCUGGCUCAAGGUGAAAAAGGACUAUAGCGCCUCAUCAGAAACAUUGGACCUAAUCCCUGUGGCUGCCUGGCAUGGCAACGGACGCAAAGCCAAAUGGUGGUCACCGAUUCUGCUGGCCGUCCGCAACCCAGAAACCGGAAGCCUGCAAGCCGUUACAAAGUGCAUGUCUGGCUUUACUGAUAAAUUUUAUCAGGCGAAUAAGGACAAAUAUGAACAAGGGAGUCCGAAUAUAAUCUCCCGGCCGAGCUACGUCGAGUACAACGGCGAGCCGGAUGUGUGGUUUGAACCACAGGAGGUCUGGGAAACAGCAUUCGCAGACAUCACUCUGAGUCCGACUUAUCCUGCCGCCAUUGGAUUGGUGAGUGAUGCACGCGGACUCAGUCUACGCUUCCCCCGCUUUCUCAAAGUCCGGGAGGAUAAAUCUAUCGACGAGGCCUCUACGUCAGACUACCUUGCAUCGCUUUACAGAAAGCAGUCGGAACGUACACAGGCAGACACAGCGGUGAAUGCAGAUCGGAUUGCAGACUUGGAAGGCCAAUGA